GAAGAAGAACGGAGGUGGUGGGUGCGCAUGACGCACAGAGCGCGAUUCAGAACAGCAGCUGUCCUCCUAUAAAUAUCCCUUGAUUUCAAAGACCCUCUUACGUGUCACAUUAUCCUCUCCCUUGCCAAGUCGUUUCUCACUUGGCCUUCCACCAUGAAUCUACUGGCAAUGAUUCAACCGAAGAAGAAAGAACCAGAUAAGGAAUCAAAAGGGCCUGAUUUCUGGAUUGAAACCUUCAACAAUGUUUCGCGCCUGUAUAAGUUUCAAGCGGACGGUCGUCUCUCUGUGAAGGUUGUUGAUGAGUCAAGGCCUGUGAUCCAUAAAAUGGUUGAAUCAUUUCUCAAUAAAUUUUUCCCAUCAGGAUACCCUUACAGUGUGAGUGAGGGCUACCUUAGAUAUACUCAGUUCCGAGCACUUCAACACCUAACAAGUGCAGCACUAUCUGUGUUGUCAACUCAGUCACUGUUAUUUGCUGCAGGCUUGCGACCAACCCCUGCACAGGCGACAGCUGUAAGUUGGAUUUUAAAGGAUGGUAUGCAACAUGUGGGCAAGCUAAUAUGCAGCAACAUGGGUGCAAGAAUGGAUUCUGAACCAAAGAGUUGGAGGAUACUAGCUGAUGUGCUCUAUGAUCUUGGUACUGGCUUAGAGGUUCUCUCUCCAUUGUGUCCACAACUUUUCCUUGAAAUGGCUGGCCUUGGAAAUUUUGCAAAGGGUAUGGCAGUUGUGGCUGCGAGAGCAACAAGGUUACCUAUAUACUCCUCUUUUGCCAAAGAAGGCAAUCUCAGUGACCUGUUUGCAAAAGGAGAGGCCAUCUCAACUCUUUUUAAUGUUGUGGGACUAGGAGUGGGCAUUCAAUUAGCAUCUACUGUUUGUUCUUCAAUGCAAGGAAAGUUGCUGGUUGGCCCUCUUCUUUCUGUGCUACACAUAUACAGUGUGGCUGAAGAAAUACGAGCAGCUCCUGUUAACACAUUGAAUCCCCAGAGGACAGCAAUGGUUGUGGCUGAUUUUCUUAAGACUGGAAAUGUAUCGAGCCCUGCAGACUUGAGAUAUAGAGAAGAUCUCUUAUUUCCUGAAAGAGUUAUAGAAGAUGCUGGAAGAGUGAAGGUGGGCAGGGCGUUACGCAAGGUUGUUAAACCUUCCAAAUUUAAUGAACUUAGAGAAAUGUUCCCCGAGGAGAAGUUUCUGAUAAGCCGUGGAAGUAAAUGGACUGACAUGGUGUUGGAGCACAGUGCAACAGGUGAAGAUGCGUUGAGAGGGUGGCUGGUUGCUGGAUAUGCUGCAGAGAUGGAGAAGUCUGGUCAUGGGCUGAGCGAUGUAGUCUUGCAAGAGGCUUAUGUGAAAAUGGACAAGUUGUUCCCAUCAUUUUUGUCUGAACUAAAGAUCAAAGGGUGGCACACUGAUCGUUUUCUUGAUGGAACUGGAAGCCGUUUUGCAUUGUAGUGUUGUGUAUAUUUGUUUAUUCGUUUGUUUUAAACUCCUGUUAUCCAAUACUUCCUCAGACAUGGUCUUUAUGAAUGCUUGAGUGGCAUGUUGAUCUACAGAUUCUUUAGUUGGCCUGUUUUCACUGUUUGGAGGGUUUUAUUAGGAAUUGCCUUAUUGCACUUGUUGGACUGA